GAGUAUCAUGCGGAAUGUCCUUCGAUGCCUCUGGCACCGAUUCGCCCUCGGCCGCAAGCUUCCCGUCGCUCGCUCCUGACGUGCCGGCCCGCGCUCGAGCCACGGUCGAGUUUGAACCUGCUUUUUCUUCGAUGGUUUUGGCUGCUUCUUGCGGCGACGUGUUGCCCGCACGAGAGGUGCAGCCCGCCCGUCGUCGUCCAAAGCGGCCAAUGUCUUGCAGCUCACAGCUCGUUUUCUUUCCGCGGUAAGACCUCAGAGGUGAUGAUGUGUUGGGUCGCAUCGCCGUAAUCAGACGACGCGUGCCACGGAGUGAGAUGUGGAUGAGGAGAACAUCGAUUUCGCGAGCUUUCAAUUGAGCUCUUCUCAGCUUGUGUAUCUGCUGACCUUCCGGAUUUAACCCUGAAGCCGGCCGCAGAUGUCGAAACGAAACCUUGAUUUUCGUCCGUUGUGGCGAAUCGAAUGCUCUCAGUCUGAUGCGACGGGCUCUGAGGUGUUUCGUUUAUGACAAAUCUUACAAUUCCUCCGAGAUAUGCGAAUUGAGUGAAUUGAGAGCUGUCGAUCGAGGAUUUGUCCCUGACCGUAUGGGUCAACAUGGAGGAAUAGAUGAGCGUGUGUUCUUGACAGUUUUCUGCUGCUCGGGCCGAUACCAGACCGUGGAAUCAGAUAUCUCCGAGGAAAGGAAAGGAGUUAGAAAUUUAUAAAUGCAUGCCUCAAAUCCGUAGCUCGAGAUUACCCUCAUCAGCUGGAAGUACACGCAGAUAGUGGAAGCACUGGGUUCCAGCAGCUGAUACGCUCAGAAUCAACUUCAAUAUCAAGAUCAGCGACAACGACAUUUCGGCUGUCCGUGCUGACCAAAACGCAAUGAAGAUCGACGUCCUGAACCUGUUUCCGGCGAUCAACCUUCCGACGUUUCCGAGCUUUGGAUCGCAAGGCGUGUCGCAGGACCCAGCAGGAAAUGUGAGGACUGUCACCGAUGUCGAAGAAACCGGAUGCCAGCUGCCCCCGUUCGUCCCGUACGCUUCCAAAAUCCCAUGGCACUCGGGGCCCCGAGGUCUCUUCUCGAGGAUGUUUCCCCGCUACGGCAACUACUGUGGACCGAACUGGUCCAGCGGCAGAGAAGAUGGUUCUCUGUUCUGGGACAAAGCGCCCAUCGACAGACUCGAUCAUUGUUGUUAUCGCCACGAUAUGGGAUACGAUAGCUACGAACAGGCCGAUCUUCAUCGAGCCGACCUGCGAUUUUUGGGCUGUCUGGAGAAAAUAGACAAACAGGGCCACAAGGCUGGCGACUCACCCUUCGCCGAGGCCUAUCGGAAGAUGUAUAUCCUUGGUUUGCGCAAUUUUUUGAUACCAUACAGGAAGUUUUUGCUUCAAAAGGUGGAUGAGAAGACGAGGAAAAGGCUUACCGAGGAAGAGAUCUUCGGCAAAGAUCGAAGAAAGAAUCCGAUGUCUUAGAAUAUUUUUCUAGCGCUUAUGCUGCCGAAACAGGGAGCUGUGAAGUGACUCUGUCGUGUUAGCUGUGUACACUAAGUCCGUUGGGAUAGAUCUAUCUUUGCAGUCCGUUGCGCACCUGGAUUUGCACAUGUUUCAUAGUAGGACUUAAUUUAAUUCCUGCGCAGUGUCGUCUUCUACUGGCAUUAACCUUCAGGAUUCAGACGGAAGCCUGCAGAUAGUCGCUGAGAACUCAAGUUCUCAAUGUAGUUAAAUUGUAUCAUCAUGUUCGAGCUCACUGUCAUGCCUGGCUAGCUGGCAUUAUUGCUUUACUUUCUGGCCACUCAAUACACCACUUGAAAGUGGAUCUACCGUCUCCAUUAUGGCUCUCACGAGCGCCUUGUAUGUAAAGAUUCUAUACUGCGGUGCCUAGCUCUCAAUUGGCAAAAUUUGAACGAGC